AUGGCAGGCACGGCGUCAAUGCUCUGUUUGAUUUUGGUCACUCUCUUCAUACCUCCUCUCGGCGUACUUAUGAUUUCGGGCUGUAGUGUGGACUUCUUCAUCAAUAUUCUGCUCACGAUCCUAGGAUAUUUCCCGGGUCAUAUCCAUGCUUUCUACCUGGAAUACGUCUACUAUCACAACAGCAAUACGGACCCAAUGACUCGAAAGCGCGCUCCUGGGGUGUAUUCGCAACGUAUUCUGCAAGGACACAAUGAAAGAUCAUAUGGUAGCACUGUUUGA